AGGAUGAACAAACUGUUGCUCGGAAUUAUUCAAGAGCAGCAUGGAUAUAUCACCACAGGCAACUUCCUAGAGCGUCAAAGAAGAAUCCACUAUCCGUUUUACGUCAAGCAUACGUGAAGUAACUCCUGAUAUAACAGUAAAAGCAACAUGUGCAGGUGUAUCGAGACUUAAGAGAUUUGAAAUUCCUGUCAACCGGGCCACCACCCACCCCUUUAAAAAGUAAAAUAAAAUUUAAAAAUUAGAAGUAGAUAUCACCCCCACCCCACCCCACCCCACUCCCACCCAAACCCUCUCACCCCUCCCAAAAAAAAAUAAAAAAAUCUCCAUGUCUCAAUUUAUGUAUCACUUUUCUUUUUUUUAGACUUAAGCAGUUUAAAUUUUAUCGUAAAUUUGGGCACAAAAUCUUCAAAUUUGAAAACUACGUAAAAAGUAAUAAUAUAAGUCACAAUUAUUGACAAUUCAAUAAUUGAAGUCCUGUCAACCAGUAUACAUCCACCCCUUACCAAAAAAUAUAAAAAAUGGAGGUAGGUAUUACCCCAAAUGUAUUUGAAAAAUUGUCUCAAAUGAACUGUGUGUUUGUGAAUACUAAGUAGAAAAUGAGUUGAUGAUACCCAAAAAAAGUUGUCUUUUAUUUUUCAUUUUUAACAUUUUGCUUAUAUAAAAAUGAGGUAGAUUCACUCCAACUCAGAAAUGUAAUUUACUAGUGUUGGAAUUGUAAUCUAGCUAUUUGGGUCUUGUUGUUGUUGGUGCCCUUUCAACUACUUCCUUAACCAAAUUCUUUCACAAUUGAUCGAUCCUUAUCUCCAUCGUUGCUAACAAUUACUACAACAACAACUUAGCCAAUACAAUCCCACAAGUAGGUCUGUGGAGGAUAGCGUGUAUGCAAACCUCUUACCCUACCAGGCAGAGAGGUCAUUUCCGAUAAACCCUGGGAAAUUCACUAUGUUUGAGGGAGUAUAAAAGUCUUGGGAGUACAUUGACUUCUUAUAUAUGUCAUAGUUGUUAAUUCUCAUUGUAAGCAUUUUUUGGAAGAUAUUGUUCCGUGACCUCCUAAUAACAACUUUAUCAGUUACUCUAAGACUCCCUUCCUGGAAAUCAAAUUAACGAGGGGAAAAAUAUUCAGGAGAAUAAAAAAGGCAGCACCAACAGAUGCUUAUGAGCCUACUGUUCGGACUGUUACAGUAGAAAUUAGCAAUGUUAAAGAUGUCUACAACGUUAAAAUAUGAUCCAUAUUACUUUACUUGUAUAAUAUAUGGCUGCCCUACCAACUGUGCUUCUAAUUGGCUAACUAAAUAAUAAUAGAUUAUUGGCAUUUUUAGAAGCAGCAUCAGAGUUAACAAUUGUUUAAGAAGAUAAUGGGUAUUUAAGUAAUUAAAAGGAACAUUACUGAGUUGUAUUUUUAAUAAUCUUGGAGAUGAAAAUCUAGAUUUACCUAUUUCAUUUACCAAACUAGUUCAACAACUCUGACAAACUCUUUGCAACUGUUCAGCAUUCUUUCUCAAACAGGUGCUUGAACUUCUCUUCAAACUGUGAAAAGCUUACUCUCUUUGCCGGGGUUGGUUCUAUUGCUAAACUUCAGAUCGGGAAAAGACCCUCAGAAUUUGAAAGGAAAGAGAACUUGAAAGACGCCUACAGUCAUGGAAAAUGAAGGAGAAAGAAAAAACAACUUUGUGGUGUCUUUUUCUGCUCUUCGCAAGGACAUUGUCAACGUUCUGGAUUUCAUGGAGAGGUUAAUGAAUGAAGAAGAUCAAAAUGCUGUUGACAUGGACGAUCAAACUGAAAAGCUGAAAUUUGUGCUGGCAUUUAUUUGUACGUACGUCCAGCUUUCUCAUUGUGAUUUGGAAGAGUUUGAAGAUAUAAUGAGUGCUGCAAGACAGGAGGUUGAGAAUCUGCUUCAACCAAUUUUUGAUGAUGUUGACAACAAUGUCAGGUGUAAAUACAACAUGGAUCAUGUCCUUCCUAGCCUCAUGGAUAAUAUCGGUGAUUGUAUCAGCUCGUGUUAUCGUUCUACAUCAAGUGUCACCAUGACUGACGAGCACUUGAACUUCCUCCUCCAGUAUAUCCAUUAUCUAUCCAAGUGUCUUGCUGAACAGAUUUAUCCAUUCGAGACUCAGUAUGAGAUUCUUCAGAAAGUGUGUGGCAACAUAUGAGAUUUCCAUGGGUUGAUUUUGAAUGGUUGUGUUGAGCACGAGAUUGUUCAAUACGCCUUGCCUCAGUUUCAACUCAUGGCUGAGAGAGUUGGACUCUUCUUUUGGAACAGUCGAACUUAUGGAGAUUCUCGACUCUUCAAGUUAGCACAUCUACUCAUGAAGAUUAUUCCAAUUGAACUGGAGGUGAUGCAAAUAUGUUAUACAAGUUUGAAAGCUUCAACUUCAGCAGAAGUUGGAUGCUUCAUUAAGAAUCUCCUGGAAAUCUCUCCGGACAUUCUUAGAGAGUAUCUGAUUCAUCUACAAGAGCACAUGGUAAAUGUCAUUACAACUCCAGGGGCACGAAACAUUCAUGUCAUGAUAGAGUUCCUUUUAAUUGUUCUUACUGAUAUGCCCAAGGACUUUAUUCAUCAUGACAAAUUAUUUGAUCUUUUGGCACGUGUUGGAGAACUAACCAUGAAAGUAUCAACUCUUAUUCGUGACUUGGAAGAAAAAUCAAGGAAUGAAGAGAGUAUUGAUGAAACAAGUCGUGCAACUCUAGACUUGCUGGAAAAGAUUGAACUCCUCAAGGAAGAUCUCAAACAUGUUUAUUUGAAAGUGCCAGACUCAUGUCAAUGGUGCCUCCCCAUGAGCGAUGGACCUCUCUUCAUGCAUCUGCUGCACAGACACCUAAUGAUUUGCUAGAUUCCAAUGCUUAUUCAAUUGCUUUGAUAAAGGAAGAAAUUGGGCUGGUGAAGGAGGACCUAGAAUUCAUAAGAUCGUUCUUCGGGAAUGUUGAGCAAGGAUUGUAUAAAGAUCUAUGGGCAUGUGUUUUAGAUGUGGCAUAUGAGGCUAAAGAUGUCAUCGAUUCAAUUAUCGUAAGAGAUAAUGGUCUCUUACAUCUAAUUUUCUCACUUCCCAUCUCCA